AUGGGAGAUGUCAAACUCGCCAACACUGAUGCUGAGCUGCGGAAGAAACUAGCAGAGUUGGAGAAAGAAUUAAUUGAGGGUUCGCUCUUAAUUCCAUAUUCUACGACCGCCGUUUUCUAUCCAGAACUUGUUGAUCUUGCUAAGAAUGUAGCAGCUGCUUUGAACUUUGUUUCUCACCCAUCUUCAGCAUCAGAGUCUUGCACAAAAGACUCGAACCACUCUUUUGAAGCUGCACUUUCUCUUUCCCAAACAGGUGAUAUUACUGAAAAGGGGUAUCAAAAGAAGAAGGCCAAAAUUCUGGAACAAUUUCACGUUCAUUACUAUGAAAUAGCUAAACUGGGCCGUCAAUCUAUUCGCGCAUUGUGCGACUGGGGAAAUCUGUUUGAAUUUUUGAAGAACAUAAGUUAUUAUCACUCAAUUGAGCCAGCCAAGUGUAUGCUCUACCACACGCUAGAUACACGCGAUUCGGGCUUCGUACACUCUUCAAUCCCCCACUUGUCCCCAUCCGGCAGUCGACCCGACUCCCCCGUCGCUGACUCCGCUACUCCCGCUCUUCUGCGCCGUUCAUCCCACCACCGAUACGCGCGUGAUGAAGUUCGCUACCGAUCGGAAAUUCGUGAAGAAGCAGUUAAGGAAGCCCUUCAAAAGGAGCCUCUUAUCUGCUUGGAGUCUCUCCGUCCCAGCAAGCGUCGUCAGCAAAACACCUGUGUCCCUGAGCCUGGCCCUUCUCACGCACGAAGCGAGAGUGAGUCAGAGGCUAGUUUGGACACAUCCUCCCAACAGUGCCCUCAAACUUCAAACCUCCUUCCCCAGCAGCAACAACACCAGUUCUUGGAAAACGCCGAUGUCUUUCACAAAAUGUCUGAUCCCACACCCGUCACGAAGUUGUCAAAUCUGCGCAUUACGGACGGCACAACGCCCGCUAUCACCCCAUCCACUACCGCCAUCUCAGCUUCAGCUGCCCAUCUUCUGCCUCCCACUGCGGUUCUACGCGCGCAACAGCACCAACACUCCUUUACUGGAGUGGAAAAUAUCCUCCCCUUAGGUCUUCGCUUAGAGGAAUUGCUUGGGUGGUACGAGUUUUGGUUCCUAGAGGAAUCCAUGGGUUCAAGUUCUGCCACAUUUAACGCUGCGGCAGAAAUUUCCGGUCUUCCUAAAACAUUUUACUUGUUAAGCUCCGGGGUGUCUGUUCUUUAA